AUGGCUGACAUGACAACAUUGAUAGUUAUCAGUUCCUUUAUCAUGUUCCCAGCUGUGAUGAUGGCACAGGAAGUUGUAAACCAUGGAGGUAAUGACUAAUGACAUCAGGACCAAAAUUUUAUUGCGCACCUGUUUGUAGGCAUUAUGUUUAAGCACCCUGUUGCUGUUUCAUACACAGAAAGCUGUCAAAAAAUCAUUCUGAAGUAAAAAAAAAUUGAAAUAAUGAUUUUUACACAUAAAAAAUGUGCGAUCAAGACUUCAAAACCAGCCAAACGCCUUCGUUCAGGACUGAUCCUCUGGUUUACUUUCUUAAUAGAUUUUAAAUGAAUUUGUAUCUUAGAAAAUCGUGCUAUUAUUAUUAUUAUUAUUAUUAUUAUUAUCAUCAUCUUCAUUUUUCUAUUGUUAUAAAAUUAUAAUUAUUCCUGUUCCUAUACUACCGUGGCGAAGGUUUAUAAUAGGGAGCAAGUAGGGAGCUUAUAAAGCAACAACGACGGCGACGGUUACAAAAACGUCAAUAUUGAUAUCUGUAUUGUACUCUGGUUAUUGACCUGAUUAGACUACGAGUAGUCCCCAUUUUUCCUCAGGGAUAGUAGAGCGAGCGAAACGCGGGCGCGCGUGAAAAUCACCCCACGCGAGAAAAGGCGACACGCGGCGGGGAGAGAGAAAAAUGAGGGUCCCUCAUUUUUCUCUCUCCUUGCCGCGAUGUGAUUGGUCCUGUGUCAGUUAAGCCGUGUUGUUAUUGGUUAUGAAGACUCGGGUCGUUUCGAUCGGUCUUUUGUCACAGUUUAACAGCGACGAUCCAGCGACAGGAAAUGGUGAUGUCAACAAUCACACUUCUUCUGAACACCAUUUCCACACGAAACAUUAAAUCGACCGGGACUCUGCGACACGUAUUUCGCAUUCUACAGACUACCAUAACUAGCACUCAUUUUAGAAAGCUGGCUUACUAAAUUAGACCAAAAGCCACUGGAAUGGCAGUCAACGGGCACGGUACAAACGACUUAUGGCGGACUCAAGCAAAACUGACAAAAACAGAAGUGACUUUAUAGGCAAGAGACAAUUUGACUAACAAUAAACGACUGUAACAACAAACGACUUUGACUAUGAAGAUGACUACCCGACACAGUCCUAUUCAGGACUACACCCUGACGAUCAUGCUUCACCUGCAUAUGGAUUUAUAAUUACUGUUCAUUUAUUGUUUUGCUGUUUCGCAGUUUGUCCCGUUCCGAGGAAUAAAGAAGAAGAGGAGAUAAUUAAAGAGCAGGAAAAAAACAGAGAAGAAAUGGAAGAGAUCAUGAGAGAGAUUGAAAUCAGUUGUUUAGGUGAGUGAUAAAAAACCAUGGGAUGAAUAAUUAAGUACAAGUAAAAAUAACUUAAGGAGGGUUGGGGUCGUUUUUGUUAUACAAAGAACAAUGUAAAUUAUGCAUUUGUGAACCCGUUCUCUUCAUUGGAAGCGUUGUCGCUCGUGGGACGAAAAAAAUCCCACGCGGAUACCCGGGGGAGUGGGGGGUGUACUCCGGAUUUCAAGAGACAGAUCCUUAGAGCUUUUGUUCCAACGCCUGCUCUCCAUUGUAUAUACAACGUUCCUCAUUCAAUCUCAAUUCGUUUAAUAGUGAUAUUGCCUGGGGUAAUUGUGGAAAACGUUUUUUGACAGGCUACAGAAGCUUCAGAACCGCGCUGUUCGUGUUCUAACCUUUUCUAGGUAUGAUGCUUAUACCAACCGCUUAUUUAAACAACUUAACUGGAAAGACUUGAGCACCCAGUUUCAAAUACAAAAAGCCCUAACGGUUCACAAGUCUUUAAAUGAUCUUGUUCCAGGAUAUCUAUCCUGUAAAUUGUUAAACGAUGUGAAACACGCUACUCCCUAAGGGACUCUGUCAACAAACUGAGUGGGAGCUAACUUCAUGAAGAACAGCUUCAGUCAAGCGGAGAAGUCAAAUGAGAGGGCUUUUAAAUUUUUAAAAAUACUAAUAAACUGCACUGAAGCACACGUACCAUCUCUGCGGUAUGGCCAGUACCUUAUGCGUGCACUCAACCAUAUCACCCGAGCAGUGACAACCAUGGAAACGGCUGGGUUGCCCUUAUUGGGGCUCGUCAGCUUGGCAUAGCCGUUGGGUCAAUUAGCGGGAGAUAGCUGGCGUAUCAAAGACCAAUUACUGCGUAGGCGAGUGCAAGCAAUGCUUUAAUCGUCAGCUCCACCGUAAACAAGAGGUAGCUGUCGGUUGGGAACUGCAAAACAGUUCUCCCACGGCAUGCGUAUGGAGAUGGUAUCAGAAAUAUUGACCUGUGUGCCCAAAUAAAUUUGAAACAAUACCAAUUAACUGCAUUGAAGCACACGUAUCAACUCCGCGGUAUGGCCAGUACUUUACGCAUGCGCACAACCAUGAGCCCCAAGAAGGGCGAAACAGCUGUCCAUGGCUGCCACUGCCGGGGUGAUAUGGUUGUGCGCAUGCGUAAGGUACUGACCAUACCGCCGAGUUGGUACGUGUGCUUCGGUGCAGUUAAUUGGUAUUGUUUCUAAAUCUUUAAUUCAAUUUAAACGAUUAGCUCGUCUGAAUUUCUGAUUUUUUAAGUACUGUGUAGAUAGCCUGCGCGCAGACGAAAUUAAACUCUGGUUAACUCCGUCUGCGAAACAGCGCCGAAAUCCUUGUUCUGGACUUCCAGCUGUGUACCCAGAUUUGAGUACGCGCCACGAUUGGCCAGUUAAAAAAGGCCUUUGUUUUGUUUGUCGUGAUCGCCAAUCAGGUUGAAGGGGAAUUCGAAACGCACUUCCGGUAAUUCGUUGAGUCCGUUGGGGGUCCAGAACAAGGAUCUCUGCGCUGCUUCGCAGACGGUACUAAUCAGAGUUUAGUUAUCGUCUGCACGCAGGCUAUGUGUAUAAGACGGCAUUCAUGAAAAACAGGUCUUAGUUAGGUUAGUUAUAUAUAGUUUUGCAUAUUGAUUAGGGUAGUUAGGUUUAUUUAAGAUUUUUUAUACUCCUGGUGAAUUUUACCGUGUUUAAAUAAAGAAUUAUUCUUUUCUAUUCCUAUCAGUUGAAAUCGGGAGUACCCCCCCCCCCCCACAUCCCUGGCGCCGAUGCAAAAGCGGAAGUCACUGGACAGUGUACAGGGGCACCCAACGAGAAAUUUUAAAACAACAACAAAGCAUGAAUAAAGCUUUCUGAAGCCAUUUUCAGCAUUUUGAGAGAUUGCUACUAAAAAUUAAUCUGUUGCUCACUCCCAGGAAGACUGAUAGAAAAGUACCUAGCCUGCAAGGUGCACGUACAACCGACAACCUGGCUUACUGGAAGUUUCCCAGCAGGCGUAUGUCCAGACAUUACUGGCCAGUUUUGGUGUGGUCAUAGGGCAAAAUUCACCCCUCAGCAGUGGGGGUUGGGGGGGGGGUCUGGUGGGGUUUCUGAUCCAUAAAACAUAGUAACUAUUCGGAAUAUCAAAUCCCCUCAGAACACAUUUUUUUCUUAGCAAUACUUUCCUUCCAAUUACAUAUUAUUUCUUUCACAUCUCCCAGCCAGCAAAAAUUGGCCCGAAGAACAGAUAUUUUGAGGAACAGAUCCAUUGGGUGCCCCUGAGUGUAGCCUAGCAGCACUAUACGAUGCGUCCUUAGGAGUGCAAAGUUUCUUGAUUGAAGUUUUGAGACUAACGUUCCAAGUCCUUCAACAAACUUGUUUAGUAAAUCACGCCGUGGUUGGUGACAUUGAACGAAGAGUAUUCAUAUAGAUUAUAAUAAUUUGAACUCAAUUGAACUGUUGCAAAUAAAUAAUUUAAACAACUCUUGAUCGGCUGAAAGUGAAAACUGACUUUGCAGGUGCAUUACUUUACGUCAAACAAAUUCUUUUACCUACCUGUCAUUUGUUGAUUUGUAGAUGAGUGUAAAACAGGACAACAUAACUGCCACGAUGAUGCAGACUGCACCAACACCAAGCGUUCCUUCACUUGUACUUGUAAGCCAGGAUAUAUUGGGGAUGGUGUUAACUGUGCAGGUAGCAAACCAUACGGAGCUUAA